UAGCUGCUGCAGCUAAUUGCUUAAUUAUUUAUGAGUGCCUCAAGUCCUUUUUGUUGUUUUCCUUGCUAGGGGCUGUGGGGUCACCUUCUCUUCCUCCCUCCUGCUACCCCAAGUCGUCUGAGGUGCACAUUACACAGCGGGAGAGCACGUUGGCCUGGAUCUCAAGCUACUCACAUUCUAGUCCUGCCUCUGUCAUUUCCCAGAACUGUGGCCUCAGAUCCCUCCCUGGUACCACAGCAGCUGAGUGUGCAUCAAAUCUGAAGAAGAUCUACACAGUACGAACAGUACAGAUAUUCUGGAGUGUGUACAAUAAUAUCCCUCCUGUGACUAGCCUGCCUUUGAGAUGUAGUUAUCAUUUAAUGAGAGGAGAGAGGCGACCACUUUGGGAAGAGGAGAGUAAUGCGAAGGGUGGCGUGUGGAAGAUGAAAGUCCCCAAGGACAGCACGUCCACAGUUUGGAAAGAGUUGUUGUUAGCGACAAUCGGGGAACAGUUCACAGACUGUGCCGCUGCAGAUGACGAAGUAAUAGGAGUCAGUGUCAGCGUUCGGGACCGGGAAGAUGUUGUCCAAGUCUGGAAUGUAAACGCCUCUUUAGUGGGUGAAGCGACUGUGUUAGAAAAGAUCUAUGAACUUCUGCCCCACAUAUCUUUUAAAGCAGUAUUUUAUAAACCCCAUGAAGAGCAUCAUGCUUUUGAAGGUGGACGUGGAAAACACUAAUUGCACACUCUGUAAAGAAUUCUUUGUCCUUUGCUGAUUGGUUUUGGAAACGGUCUUAACAGGAGGGAGAGUGAAGAGAAGACUUGCCGGAGCCCGAUGCUGGUCCAUUUAGAGUGGGUUUCUGUCCUUGCAGAUGGGGCAAUUAGGGCUCAAAGUGGC